AUGAAUAGACAAUAUAAUAACGAAGAAGCAACUUUUUCAAUCACACCAACAGAUGAUAAUAUACAAUUUUUUGAUUAUCCAUUAGCAAACAGAACAAUCGAACAACCAUAUUCAGAUGAUUCCAAUAUUAAUUAUACAACAUCUUGGUCUGAUAGCAAAACAAGAUAUAAUGAUGCUUUUUUAAGUUUAAGUAAACAAGAAGCUUCUACUACUUUAGAUAAACUUUGGACACAAUUAAAACAAGAACAAUUAUCAAUAAGAAAAGCUGAAUUAGAAAAUACUUGUAUCACACUUAAUGGUAAAACAAUUCAUUGGCAUGAAUGUAUUUAUAAUAAAACAAGACCACCAACUGGUCAUAGUUUAUGGAUAUCAAUGCAUGGUGGAGGUAGUUGUCCAUCAUCAGUCAAUGAUCAACAAUAUCAAAAUCAAAUUAAAUUAUAUAAUCCAAAUGAAGGUAUUUGGGUAGUACCUCGAAGUCCUACAGAUAGUUGGAAUCAAUGGCAUCAAGAACAUAUUGAUCCAAUGUUUGAUCGUAUUAUAGAAAAUUAUAUUAUGGUUAAUGAAAUUAAUCCAAAUCGUGUUUAUAUAUUAGGUUAUUCAGCAGGUGGUGAUGGUGUCUAUCAACUUGCUCCACGUAUGGCUGAUCGAUUUGCAGCUGCUGCUAUGAUGGCUGGACAUCCAAAUGAUGCUUCACCACUUAGUUUACGUAAUUUACCAUUUGCUAUAUUUGUUGGUGAAAAAGAUAGUAGCUACAAUCGAAAUGAAGUUGCACGUCAAUGGUCUAAACAACUCGAUGUUUUACAAAAAGCAGAUCCAAAUGGUUAUCAUCAUCAUGUGAAUAUUUGUGCUGAUAUGGGUCAUUGGAUGUGUGGUCGAGAUGCUGAAGCAUUAUCUUGGAUGGCUCAAUGGACACGUAAUCCAUGGCCAAAAAAAGUUGUUUGGGUUCAAGAUGAUGUUACUCAUAAUCGUCUUUAUUGGAUUUCAUUACCUGAUACUGUACAAGUUAAACAAGGUCAAAAAAUUACAGGUGAAAUUGAUGGACAAACUAUUUUUAUUACAACUAGCGAAGAUAUUCAACAACUCACUUUAUGUCUUUCUGAUGCUUUACUUGAUUUGGAUCGACCAAUCAAUGUUUAUGUUGAUGGAUAUGGUGAAAUUUUUCAAGGUUAUGUUUCACGUACUAUACAAGCAAUUAAAGAUUCAUUACGUCAUCGUGCUGAUCCGACUAGUGUUGCUACUGCUUAUCUUGAACUUGUCUGGUCAAACACUUAA